UUUGAUACAAGACACAGUUAGCCAUCGAUGGCUUGAAGUUCCGUGAUCUUAUCGGGAAAUCUUAAACUAACAAUUCGAACAGACCCGAUACUUCGGGACCUUCCCUUGACCCCUAUCUGGGGAUUGAUGGGAUGUUCCACCUACGUUGAGUUUUCUAAGAUUGAUAAUGCAAUCUUAGGAAUUCCAUUCGGCGGAUCCACGACUGAUUGGAUUGUCUCAAGAUAUUUGUUGACCCUUCGCCUACUGAGCCAUCCAAUAGAGCCAGUUGAGUUACGCGUUGAUGCAGAAACAGAAGCCGACGGUCAGUUGCUUCUCCUCCAAGAGGGGUGGAAGAGGCUCUAUAAGAGCAUUACCGCCUGCAAUGGAAUUUGGGGUACAGAAACUCCCUUUCCAGAGUCAAUGCAUGUCUUGGCAUAUUCCAUGGCCGCUCAGUGGACGUCACUACUCCUUAUCAAACUUUUCAGAAUGCUCCAGUCCAGACUCUCGCGCGCCGGGUAUGUGGAUGCCACUUCUGCGGGACUCUCACCUGAGCACAGCCAACUACCCUCGAAUCUGAUCCUUCCGCCAUCUAUCGACACGAUCCCUCUCGCGCAGAUCUAUGCUGAUCCAGAAAAUGAUAAAAGUGCCCUGCUCUCGGAUUGUUUCGGUUCCUUUGAGGCGUCAUAUCGAUUUGCGGUCUCACAUCUGAAAACAAUGGCUACAAAGCAGUUCAUGGAAGAUGACUGGGUUGGAUAUUAUUCCUGCUGUAACGCCCAAGACACCCCAUGGGAUAUGACAUUUGAUGGGCCAAUGCAAGGAAUUAAGUUUUCAACAAGCUCAUCUCCUCCCAACCACCGCCACGACAUGACCCUGAGGUCGAAUGGCUAUGAUGUAGUUGGAGCCUUCCAGUUAUUUGGGUCACUGAACACAAAUACUGGGUACUUUCAUCUCAUAAAGAGGUACGAAGCCCAGCCUGUUGUUUGGAAUUGGGAGGGACGCCUUACGCCCUGGGGGUUGGUGGGAGUUUGGGGCCGUCACGCGCCUAGCCAAUGGGGCGGACUUUUCUGGUUGUGGAAGUCGAGCUGGAGUAGACCAGCACCGCCAGGAAUGGUCCUUGAAAAAGGCCGUGGCGGGACGGAAAACCUUGCAGGUCAAAUAUCCAUUAUGAUGUUUCAAGCGGUCUCCCGAGAGGAGACGGAAGUUGGUCUCAUGUGGAAUCCAUGAGACAUCUUCCCCUGAAUUGGUUGGUUUCAAGGAGUCUGGCAGAUAUGUAUCUAAAGAGACUGUUAUACAAUGUUUCGUACGUAUGGUACA